AUGCAUAACUCACAAAAAAGAUCAACAACUUAUUCCACUUAUUUUUCUUCUUCAAGCAAAAAUAUUAAUGGGAAAAAAAAAGAAGUUAUGAAGCUAUCCACUGAUCCACAAAGUGUCGCAGCGUGUGAAAGGAGACAUAGAAUCAGUGAUCAUUUCAAGAUUUUGCAGAGUUUAGUACCUCGUGGUUCUAAAAUAGACACUGUUACCAUGUUGGAAGAAGCAAUUCACUAUGACAAGUUCCUCAAGACACAAAUUUGGCUUUAUCGAACAAUGAUUAAUCUUGUGGGUGAUAGUCAUAAUCAUCCAAAUUAUUAUUCUAAUCAUGAAAUGGUGGAAUGUAAUGACCCUCUUGUUGAUCAGAAUAUACUCAUAAAUAAUAAUAAUAAUAAUAAUAAUAAUAAUAAUAAUAAUAAUAAUAAUAAUAAUAAUAACAAUAACAACAACAACUUGAUAGAGUACCAGCUGGAUGGCUUUCAACAAAUUGGGUUUUCGUUUUCAGUUGGAGAUCAAUUUAGAGGAGAAAAAACUAAUAUUUAUGGUGAUGCUUUUAUGUAUUAUUAG